AAUUGUCUUACUGAACGUUUCAAAUAAACCUUGAAAUUUAUCACUGUUGGCAUUUCAUUCUUUUUCAUAGAAGUCUCUACAGGAAAUCAGCCUAACUAGGCUGAAAAGGAUCUCGUCUGGGAGAACUGUUCUUCAAAAGAUGUCGAUUCGUCUUUACGAUUCAAAACUCGAAGAAGAUGGAUUGCGCACUUAUGUAUUUAUCGUCGAGAAAUUUUCUUCAAUUGGUUCCGAAAUCUACUCAAAACCUUUUCACUUCGCUGGUCAUCGUUGGAAAAUCCAGGCUGGGAUUAAAGAAAAGCACUUUGGAGCGUUUUUACGCUGGUUGAGCGGUGGGGAACACAGUAAGGGUGUGAAAUGCAAGGUGAACUUCACGUUGGGCGUUUUAAACAAGGGGGAGAUUUCAAAGUCAAUUCGUCGCGGGAAUAUGACAGAUAAGCCCGACGAAUUUACAAAAUCAGGAUGUGGUAUUGGCUGGGGAAAGUUGGCCUCUCUUGAAGAUCUCGAGAGUGAUCGUAAUUUCAUAACAGACGAUACGAUCUUGGUUGAACUGCAUUGUCGUUUAGACGAGACGACAUUUGAGAACAGGUUACCGUGCGCGGCGAAAGCUGGGGAUAAGUUCAUAAAGAGCUCAAUGUUUUCAUUCUGCAAUAGUCGUUGGUCCAUUAUCAUGUUUCCUAAUGGACCGCCAAGUAAGAAUGACGUCCCGCCUCAAAACGACAACGUCGCUGUUUAUCUGCAUUGCGAAGACGUCGGAUUGCUUCGUUACAAGGUCGGCUUCUCGUUUCACGCUCGUAGCAGGCUCGCAAAGCAACGGCAAAUCACGUAUAACUUUUUCGAUACUUCUCACGAUACGUCUUGCAACGCUUUUGGUAUCGAGCAAUUUAUGCCUUCAAAGGAACUCAAAAGAAUCGCAAAGAAUGGAAAGGUUAAGAUCAAAGUCAAAAUCAAAUUCAUGGAACCAUACUUCUAUCUUGCGCUUGAUCCAGCGAACUUGAAGAACACAGAGGGAAAGAUGUGUACACGUGAGGACUUGGUGGAUCAAUGUAAUAACCCUCUUGCCUUGACCCUCGAAACGUCCCGAGACGAGAAGCUCGUUUUCAAAUUGAAAUAUGAUCCGCAAUUUGAGAACGAGGCUCUGGAUGAGAUGCCGUAUUUUAAGAAGAUUUUUUGGCGAGCUGUUCUCAACUCGUUCGAGGAUGAUUCCGAAACGGUCGUCGUGUCGUCGUCGUCGGAAGCCGGGAAGAGUUCGUUUUGUUACAGCGAAGCCGAGUGCUCGAUUGCAUCCAGUUUAGAUAUCAGAAAGAUUGAAGAACGAGGUAGUGUGUUCCUGGACGAAGAAGAUAUGCUGAGUGUUCAUGUUUUUAUCGACGAUGCAAAUCUUGUUUAUGAUCCAUUGCUUGAUCCUCUCACGAAACAGAGCGUCUCAAAGUUGAGGGAAGAGAAAGACCAAAGAUUGAGGAAUUUGGAACGAGAAUGUGAAAGUUUCAUCGAAAACACAAUGGCGGAGAAAGAUGUGAUCAUAUCAGAACAGGAGGAGCUUUUGGAAGAACGCGAUUGUAUUAUCAGUAAACAAGAGGGACAUAUCGCUGGCUUGAAAACAGAAAUGGAAGACAACGAUAAAUAUUUGAGUGAACUUGUUGACGGUAAAGAUGAGGGUGAAGCGAGCAAACUCCUCAAACGUAGUCUUCGACAAUUGAUCAAAAAUGCGAAACCGUCAAAAGACGAAAUAAAAGCACAGAAAACGGUCGAGAAGAAACUCAGCAAAUUCCUGAAGAAAAAGCUACCAUUUAACAUCAGUCGUGUGUCAGCUGUGGGUUCUUAUGGACAGAAAACCACGUUAAAAGGAUUGAGAGAGUGUGGUCUUGCCAUUGCUAUUCAAGAUCUUCCUCGCACAGAACAUGAUAGCUGGCUACCAACGAUCGUGGGCACCAUUAAGACAUUACUCAAUCAACGUGAUAAAAGCGACAGCACGAUACCACCAUGUUCUGAGUUCAACACCACAUCAUCGACCGUCAAUUUCAGAUGUGCUGACGUCGAUGUUGAACUCACACCAAUCAAUGACUGGGAAAAUAAUGGUGGCUUCCAGGCCCUUUAUCAAAUGAGCCUGAAACAGAGCGCUGACGUGCAAGUUCAUUACAACAACAACGUAUGUGAACUUCAAGCAGCAUUUAUCGCCAAUCAACCUGAGAAGUGUAAAGAUUUGAUACGAGUUGUGAAGAAGUGGAGCCGUGAUAUUGAAUGGGAUCCUGGGACCAAACCAAGCGACUAUCUUCUGUCAUUACUCGUUGUUCAAGCCUACGAGAUCGUGCAACCAGACAUGGUCGAGCAGUCGUCGGCAGAUCUCGACGUGUUGUUGGAGAUGGCUGAUAUAGUAAAUGACAGUAACCUCGAAUUAUCCUGGGACACGGACAACUACAUCUCUGCGCAGUAUCCGCGGCAGUUCUUCCCCAAACCCUUCACACAACCUAUCGUCCAGGACCCCGCUAUCCCCACCCACAACGUGGCCGAGUCAGGCAUGGAGGAUUGGAAAGAAUUUCGAAAAAGGUUCAAGGAAUGGGUUAUCUCAUUGACUCCUUGAUAAAGUUUCAAAUACCAUUGUAUCCAAUCUUGUUUCAUCGGUAUUCAGACAAGAUUUCCUGGGGUUUUCUCCGAAUCAGAUUUUAGUUGGAAAAUCAGGGGGGUUAAUUUAGUAGAUUGAGAAAUCAGGGGGAGGUAGAAUUUAGCCAAAAUUGACAAGGUAGUCUUUUCUCUCAACAAAAUAUCUUUAUUUAUAACUCUUCUGUUUUGGUAGUUUUGUUUAUUGAUAAAUAGAGAUUAAAAGACGUGAAAUAUUUCUCUAUGUUGCU